GCCAGUUACAUAUCUAGAGGAGAAUAUAAUAGAGAAAUUGUGUCUAACUAGUACAUAUUUUAAGGAUAUUGUAAAAGAAAGAUUAAUUUUACCAGAUACACGCUUAGAAAAUCCUGUAAAAAAGGAACUAUUACAACUAAAUAAAUAUUCUGUAGUGCCUAUAAAUAAAAGACUAACUCUUAUGAAAGCUAAUCCUGAUGUGUCUGUAAAAAAUAUAGUAUCUCUACCAAACACACUUUCUGAAGUACCUUUAGAGGAAAAAUGUAUCAAGAAUCUAUCAAAUAUCAACUCUGAAAUAGUUGUAAUGGAAAAAAAAGAAUCUCUAAAAUUAAAUCUCCAACAGAUUACAAUAAAUGAACCAGUUAUAUCCAUAUUAGAUGAAGCUAAUGAAACAACUACAACUGAAAUAAUACCUCGGAAAAAAGAAUUUUUGGUUGGUCUAGGAUUAUUGUCAAGUGUACCAAGUGAAAAAAAAAAUGUGCAAUCUAAACUACCACAAAAAAAUGAAACCCAUACAAAGGUUAAUAAUAUAACUAAUGAAGAAAAUGCUGAACAAUCAAAUCAUGAUAAACCUAAUUCAGAAAAAAUGAAGUGUUCGUAUCUAUCGAAAAAAUCAAACGGUAAAAUAGAUGGUCAAAAGCAUACCACCAAUUCUAUUUCGGUCUCAGCUAAAAAACCAUUAGAAUCAUUAAUUCAUAAAGAUCAUUCUUGUAUGCCUGAAUGCAGCUCUUGUAACAGAAAAUUUGAUUUGCUAGAAACUCCUUUUCAUAUAGCACAAAUAAAGAAUCCAGAUAAGCAAAAAGCAUGUUUGGAAAAUGCUACUCACUUAAUUGGAUCCGAUUCGUGUUUGUGUAUUGGUUGUUACCAGGUCAUAGAAAAACGAACUUCUAUAAAGAAUCUUAAAAAACGUUCCUGUAUUGUAAUGACUUGUGAACAAACUGUAUCUCGUGAUUUUAAUUCGAAAUGGAUGAAUAUAAUAAAAUCUGUACUGUUAAUAAAUAAGUUCAAUUUUAGAAUCCAAACUAAUGAGGAAGAAGCAAUGCAUAAAAUUCCUGUUUGCCAUGCACAUUAUGAACAGAUACUAUUAAUAACUCAAUGUCAGUUGUGUGGAAAUCGAACGAUACAAAAGUUUCAGUUGAAUAAAUCCUUAGUAGAUGAAUAUCAAUCGAUCCUCAAUGAGGAUAAAAUUCCUACAACAAUAAAACAUGGCAUUCUUAUUUGUAAACCAUGUCACAUUUAUUUAUUAUUACGAAGAGAUAAAACUACAAACAUUUCAUUGGAAUUAGAAAAGCACUGUGACACUACUAAAAUAAGGAUCAUCGAUCAUUAUAGAUUAAAAAUGAAAGAAUUAGAACGUAUGAAAUUAGCAAAAUGUGAAAUAAAUAUAAAAAAAACGGAGGAAGUCAAUAAAUUAUUAACAGUUAAAUCUCUAUCAACGAAGAAAAAUAAUAUUUUCAUUGAAGAUUCUUCAGUAGUAUUAAAACCUGCCAAUGACGCUAAUAAGCCACUAAUGACAUCAAGAACAAUGAUUAAAGUACCAAUAGUAAAAAAAACUACAUCUACAGUGGUAAAAGAAUCAACAAAAAUAUUAUCAGCUUUAGCAUUCAAACAAAAAAUGCAACUAAAAUUGUCAUCGUUGAUAAAAUCAACGACGAAGGCGACAUCAAAAAAACCAUCAACAGCCGUUAUAAAAACGAAAAUAGGAACAGCGCCACUGAUAAUGACAAGAACGAUGGUUAAGGUACCAAUAGAAGAAAGACCUAUGUCCAUGGUAUUGACUAGCUUAGCAGAAAAUCCAUCAGCGUUAAGACUCGAUCAAAUAACACAACCAAAAUGUACCGAUAAACAUCCACCUGUACUAAGAACUAAAAAACGUGUUGCAAACCAACUGAAUAUAACUACUAAAUGCGGAAAACGCUCUAUGCCAAUAGUUCAUAAACUAACUAUACCGGAUUAUAGAACUACAAUUCCAGUUGAAAAUCCGACGACUCAGGUUGAUAAAUCUAUGAUUUCAGUUGAAAAACCUAUGGUACUAGUUGAUAAACCUGCGUCUCCUACUGAUAAAUCUAUAACUCCAGUUGAUAAACGUACAGUUCCAAAUGAUAAACCUACAACUCAAGUUGAUAAAUUAAUAACUCCAAUUGAAAAACUUACGACUCUAACUUAUAAACCUACGAUUCCAAUUGAUAGAUCCAUGACUAGAGAUAAUAAAUCUAUAACUUCAUUUGAUAAACCUAUAAUUUCUGAUCACAAACCAAAACCAGUUUUCACGCCGGCUGUAAAACCAUUCUUUACUUCAGAAUUGAUUGUACCGAAAAAACACAUAAAAACUCCAGAUUCAGUUAAACCGAUAAAAAUACCGACUGUAGUACAAACCGAUCAAUCACUUAAGAAUACAUUAAAUGUAGGAUCUACGUCACCACAUACUAAAUUUCCUAAGUUAAGUCGCCAACAAGUUAGACCAUCACCACCGUCGUCCACCACACCUGAGAUAAUACAACUAUUUAAAAAUCUCAAGAUCACUUAUCCUAACGGGAUGGAAUUGAUCAACCAUUUGCUGAAAUUGGAAACUUGUCGUAAUCUAGGAUAUUUUACAGUAGAAAACAAUAAAACCAUUCACCAUCAACAAAUGUCUUGUACUGCAACAAUUCCUCCUCAUACAAUAAACCAUCUUUCAGAACCUAAAGAAAAUCAAACGCUAUCGCGUAUCGACGAUUACAACAACGAUCUUACAAAUAACGGCUAUUUGAAUAACAAAUGUGUAUUAAGUGAAGACGAUAAAAAUUUAGAUUUACUCUCUAUCCCUGUCAAAACAACUUCUAAAUCCUACAGUAAACCUAAGCAUAAGUCCAUUUCACCGCAAAACGUUGUCCAUAUGCCGUCUCAACAUCACGAUAGCGGUAAUAGUAAAAAACGAGAUAUUGCUUUGCGUACAAAUGCUAUUGGUAUGCCUGUCAUUACUGCCAAUAAAUGUCCAGAUAUUACUCUAACCAUGACUACUACAAUCACUGAAACUUUACCCAACAUCGUCUCUACUACGUUACCCGUUUUUUCCACCAUCGUUGAAGUAAUCACUGCUAGUGAUGAAGCGCUAACAACUAUCGAAACGGCGUCUGCAGUCACCAACGCCUCAACUUUAAUCACUGCCGUCACUGAUUCUAUCACAACCAUCAUGGAUACCGAAAUCCCUGCCAUUAUUAUUCCUGAUACAGUCGCCAUCACAUCAGACAUCACUUCUACCGUUAAUGACAGUACUACUAUCGUUGACGCCACCGCCGUAGAAGAAUCUACCACCUUAACUAUGAUUACAACUCAGGCCUCUACCUCAACGAAUACAACUGCCGAAAUUUCCUCAACCAAUGAUACUGAUUCAAUUGCAGCUAUCACAAAUACUGUCAUUGACGAUACCACCUCGGAAAAAAUUAAUUCUGAAUCGCCUUCAAUUGCCAAAGCAAUCACCACCGAAUUUCCCACUUCAAUUAUUACUGCCGCUGACGCAUUUACCACAAUUGGCGUAACCGCUAAUAUCUCAGAUAUUACUGCCGCCACUUCGACCAUUCCUACAACUACUAACACUGCAUCCAUAAUCUGUAACUCCUCACAAUUUACGGCUAAUGAAAGUACUGUAGACAAAUUAGAACCCACACCAAUAUCGUCGGAUAUCUUUAAGGCAUCCGCCGCUGAACUGUUAUCGUCGUCGUCAAGUGAAUUAAAGCAAAUAUCUGCUAUCUGUAAGCCAAAGCAUCCUUCUAAACUCAUUAAUAUUAAACGGUUGAACACAAUAACAUUAAAAUCAGCUAUAAACAGUGAAUCUGUUAUUUGGAAGAUAGACGAUUAAUAACAUAACACGGAAUGUAAUAACAACAACUUAUCUCGUUUUAUUACAUCGUGGGGAAAAUUUCACAACUUAUCAUUUCCGUUAAUUAUAAAUAAACUUAAAAAUUUAUUGAAUUUGGGAUGAUUGAUGAACUGGAUAAAUCAUAAGCAUUCAACAACAAUCAUUAUGUAACUUCUUCUAUUACCCAAUAGUAUUUUGAUUCAGUGAAUCCACUAUAAUAUACUUGAAAAAUAUAUUAUGAUUGUUAAAUUCACAUAUUCAACUUUGUCAUUGAUCCCUAUUCCCUACAUCUAUGUAAUGUAAU